AUAAGUGGGUGAUAGUUGAUCAAUUAACAGAGGAAGAAACCAGAAAACCAGGCCAUGAAUAAAGUACAUGGCUUUUCAACUGAUCCAAAAUCCUCGAAGUGCGCAUGCUCGUUAACUUCCAUCGCUGUUAGUCAAUCCUUAUUGCGGACAUUCUUUCGCGUCUCUGUUUUCCAACUAUCUAAGCUUUCCAUCCUUUUCCUAGGAUUCUUCUCUACUGCUUCUCUCUCAUUUUAGGGUUUUGCUUCACUUUCUCACUGUUAUUACAACUAUGGCCGGAAUCCGAUGGCCCCCAGAAGAUGCGGAAAUUUCGCAUACGCGAGUAACGACCACGGCCGACCUCAUCUCUGAUGAUGAUCGAUCUGUUGCCGCCGAUUCGUGGUCCAUAAAGAGCGAUUAUGGAAGCACUUUGGAUGACGAGCAGCGACACGUCGAUGCCUGUGAUGCGCUUUCCACAGGCACCUUCCGUGCAGCAUCAGAUUACAGUUCGGACAAGGAAGCUCCAGAUGCUGAAGUGGAGCCGUCAAUGUUGGGUCUGCAAAGCUAUUGGGAUGCCACAUAUGCAGAUGAAUUGGCAAAUUUUCACGAACAUGGCCAUGCCGGUGAAAUUUGGUUCGGAGUUGAAGUCAUGGAUGUCGUUGCAUCUUGGACAAAAAAUUUGUGCAUAGACAUUGCUCAAGGUCGUGUGAACAAUUUGGUUGAUGAUGUUGGAUCUCAGUCGACCGAACAAGGUGUGAAUGAUUUGUCUGGCUGGAGUGUACUUGAUGUUGGAACUGGCAAUGGCUUGCUUCUUCAAGAACUUGCGAAGCAAGGGUUCUCUGAUCUGACUGGAACUGAUUAUAGCGAGGGUGCAAUUGAUCUUGCUCGAAGCCUUGCUGAUCGGCACGGAUUCACAAAUAUGAACUUUUUGGUUGAUGAUGUUCUUGAGACAAAAUUGGAGAGGCAGUUCCGACUUGUUAUGGAUAAGGGUGCUUUAGAUGCUAUUGGAUUGCAUCCUGAUGGCACUAUCAAAAGGAUGAUGUAUUGGGAUUCAGUCUCAAGGUUGGUCUCACCUGGUGGAAUACUGGUGAUUACAUCAUGUAACAGUACAAAGGAUGAGUUGGUGCAAGAGGUGGAGAAUUUCAACCAGAGAAGGCUAACAGCGUCCCAGGACCCUGAGACUCCCAAGGACCAAGAAGCGUGCAGGGAUCUUAUUUUCCGAUACAUCAGCCAUGUUCAGUCAUACCCAACAUUCAUGUUUGGAGGAUCAGAAGGAUCGCGUGUUGCGACUGUUGCAUUUGUCCGAAGUUGAAAAUAUUUCCAUGGAGGGAUCUGGAUGCUGGCUGCUGCUGAUGGAAUUGUACUGUCCGUUAAAUGGGCUUCUUGUGUUUUCUGUGUGCAAGAGAAGGGCUGAUGAUGGUUGAUGUGAGGGUAACAGUUAUGAUGCUCGGAAUCGCCCCCCAGUUACUAAAAUAUGAAUAUUACUGACCUUUAGAAUAGUUGAAAGUCGUUCUUUGGGCUUCUAAUUUCUUAGGAAAUACCAUAGCACCGUGGGGAAGAAGACAGAAUAGUUCUCUAUAUGUUCAUGUUCAUGUACUUGUUUUGGUAAAUUCAUGAUUCCUGAGUUUCGUAUAACGUUUAUCCCUUGUAUGUUAAGUCAGUGGUUGGUAGUGGUGAAGAGCUAACAGUUGAACGUCACAUUCAGCUCCAUUUGGUUGCUAGUAAACGGGAAUUAAAAUUGAUUUUUUUAAAAA